AUGUCAGAACAUGUCCCCGCUUGGAAAAGAAUUACUAUUAAAAAGAAUCAACAACGAGACUCAACAAAUGCCAAUGAAGAAGAAGAUGAUCCGUUGAAUAUCACAACCCAUUUGGCAACGGGAUCAUUGACUAAAAAACAAAAGCAGAAAAUUAUUAGAGGAGAAGAUCGUGAAGAUACCGAUUUACCUUCGAAUAAAAAAACUAAGAGUGAUAAAAAGAAGGAAAAGUUACCUAGAGAAGAGAGAGAUGCAAGAAAACAAAAUGUGCUUAAGGAUCAAUUAAGAUACUUGAUCGAAUUUUAUUUGAACAAAGUUAAUCCAAAGAAUUUGCCGGAUUCAUUGAGUUCAUUAACCAACGUAAGGAAUAAUUAUUCGGAAAAAUUUAACAACGACGAUCAGGAUGACGAUGACAAUUCCUCAGAGUCAGAAGUUAUUGAUAUUUGGAAAUUUUCCAAACAAAAGCAGAAUUGGUUAAUUAAACAUUUUUUCAACGCAGAAGAAAUCCCAGUUGAAUAUGACGAACUACUAUUGUCAUAUUUCAAAGAAUUGAAAAGUCCUGCAAUUAAAGAUCGUGUUACAGCUGUUUGUAAAGCAAACGUCAGCCAAUGGAACGAGUACAUUGAUCAACAAGACGAAAAAAUGAGAAGAAUCGUCGAAGGGGAGGAAGAGCAAGAAGUUACUAAAGAGGAUGAUGCCAAAGAGCAUGACACCAAGGAAGACGAUAUGAAAGAAAAAGAAGAGAAAAAGAAAGAAGAGGAUGAAUUGACACCACCGGAUAAACGUGUUGUCAAAAGAAGCCAAGAAUUGCUGAAAUUAUGGCAAGUCGAGCCUCUCAUAGAGCUAAAGAGAUUUAACGAUGACGCAUUUUAA